GAUGGGCAAUCUCUCAAAUUAGGUUGAAGAUCUGAAUGGGUGUGUGGAAAUGUAAAGUUUGCGGGAAAUCAGUAUCAAAAUACAUGAAGUGAAAGAUGUCAAGUCCCGUCCACCUGAGAGUUGUGUUUGGAGGAGAUGAUGCCAGAAAACUUAGCCUGAUGUCAGGAAUACCAGCGUCUGUGGAUCAACUUGUCCAUGAGAUAAAGACUGCUUUUGGACUUGUGCAGCAGUUCAGACUCCAGUAUAAAGAUGCAGAUUUUGGAAAUGAAUAUGUCAAUCUUAUGUCAACCAGUAAAAUAAGAGACAGGGAUACUUUGAAAGUGGUAUUUUUUGCAUGUGAAGAAACUAGCUCCAGCAUCCCAGGGACUCUACCAUCUUGCAGCACCAGCACCCCACUGACUUUUCCCACUACAUCUCACAGCAGCAGCUCUAUAACCCCCCUCAGCUCUCCAUCCUUGGAAGAGGGUGGUUUUUCCUCUGAUCACUCGUUUGGCAGUGCAGACACUAUCAUUUUAGAUCCAGCUCCAGAGUCAAGAACGUCUUCAUGGCCUCCACUCUUCAUUGUUCCCAAUUUUUCAUAUUUUGCUGAAAUUCAACUUCAAAGAGCAAAUGCAGAAUUCAGAGCAAAUGGCACUCAUCUAACCCCUCCCCCAAAGCUAAGAAUGGAUAUCCUUGAAGGCAUGGCUGAACAGAUCUUCAAAUACACAGCAUACCCCAGUGACUCCCAAAUUGAGGAGGCUGCUGAGGUCUUGGUGCAUGUUCAUCCAUGUUUGAGGCAAAGAGGAACUCGAGGUGGCCAUGAAGGAUGGAAACAGUAUCUAAAGACAAAAGUUGCUAAUUUUCGCACAAAAUUGUGCAAGAUUGGACACCCAGAAGUCUGUGUAAACUCUUUCAAGAAUAAGCGCAAAGGUCAAGAAAAAGCAGCUGCAAACAUCAAAAAAACAAGAAAAGCAGAGGUCAACUUUCUCCCAUCCCUCCCCUACGGCGAAACAAGAGAGAGUCUUGAGAAUGAAAGAGAAGCUCUCUUAACAGAGGUGAAAAAGAGACACACAGAGACAGGCUGUGGUCAAGGAGAAAAUGCAGAAGACCUUCUCCUGCAGACGUCAAGAGAUUGUCCAGGACUCACCUUUAGUCUCUGAGCUUGUGAACAGAUGGCCUGCCUUGUUCACAGUGAGUGAGAUAAAUGCAGAAUUCAUGCGAAUAACAACGUUGUGUCAUGCCCUCCACCUCUGGCACCAUCUAGUGGCAGUACCUCUCCCUC